AUGGAUACUAGUAGUUCCAAGAGAGAUUCAUCUUCUUCUUCAUCUCGAUGGCACGAUUUUUCCACGAGAAUUUCAACAUCUUUAGCUUCAGCUUCACUCGAAUGGCUAUUGAUCCUUUUUCUCUUUAUUAGCGUUGUUUUCUCUUACGUUAUUACUAAAUUCACUUCUUACUGUAAACUGAAAGCACCGUGUUUAUUCUGUUCAAGAAUCGAUCAUGUGUUAGGUAAAGAGAAAAAUGGUUACUAUUUGGAUUUGAUUUGUAGUUAUCAUAAGUCUGAGAUUUAUUCUUUAGUUUAUUGUUGUAAACAUGAUUUGCUUGUGAAUAUUCAAGGUUUUUGUGAAACUUGUAUAUUGUCUGCUAAUGCGAAUCCUGAGAGUUCAAAAUUAUUAGUGGAAGAUGAAUAUGGAUCUUUGUUUGAUCAGGAUCAUCCGUUGUUACUCAGUACAAGUGAACGGGGACACUGUUCUUGUUGCAGUGAGAGAUUUGUUAUGAAUUGUUAUGAAUCAAGGACUAGGUCUAGGGUUGUUGAUUUUGAUGUCGUGGUUGAUGUUGAAAUUGAGAAAAUAAGUGCGAAAUCGGUUGGAGAUCACGCGGAUCCUUUGUCGCGUGUAGGUUAUACUGAACUUAAGAUUAGUUCUGAUACUGAGUCUCAAUAUGAAGUUGCUUUGUCAGUUAAUAAGCGUGUAAGUGUACCAGUUCAUGGAAGAGAUCAUACUGAGAAAGAUGUAAGGGUUCUGUGUCAAUAUGUGGAGCUUUGCAGUGUUGGUGAUUCAAAUGAGGAUCUGACUUCCGGGAAGCUUGGAACUUUGGCUUCUGUGUUUAAGCCGUUGUUGUCGGAAUCAAGAAUGCAAGUAGAAAAUAUACAUGUUGAUGGUUUCAAAACUGUAGCAGCAGUAGUGGAAAGUGGGAAUGGCUUGACAGAACUUAAAUGGAAGAAGAUUGAAAUAAGUGUUGUUUGUCCCUCCCCGAGUGAGGCUACUCCCUUCAAUGAUGUUCCUACAUUAUCGAGUAAAAUCAGAGUGCUUGUCGAAGUAUCAAAGGAAAAUGAUGAUUUUAGAACCGAUGAAGAGGGAUUAACGUCUAAGAAAGGACCCAUAGUGGACAGUGAAGAAAAUAUUAAUUCAGGCAAUAAGCUAAUAGCAUCUGAAGUAGGUAUAGAAUCAACCCUUGUUUCUAGUGAUAUUGGUCAACAAAAUCUGAAUUCACUUGAUCUUAGGGAUGCUUAUAAGCUAGUUGUCGGUAAUAGAGGAAGGCAGUUGUCUGGCAUGCUUGCAGAACAUUGGCUCGGGAAAGAUUCAUCAAGAGUUAAUGAAGAUUUGAAGAUAUUAAUGUCACAAUUCUCUGCCACUCGAGGGACUGAUAUGUCUUUUAAUGAUAUCAGUCCUAGGUUGUCUAUAAAUAGCAAAGAAGCAAAGAGUCAUGAUGUUUCCAACUUAACUGGAAUGCAAAUACUUCAAAAAAUGAUUUCGCUUGAGCAGAAUGAGUCUGGUUUGUCUCUGGAUGGAAGCAUUGUUGGUGAAAUUGAAGGUGAAAGUCCGGUUGACAAGCUUAAAAGACCAGUUGAUCAUGACAUGAAACUUAUGAAUGCUUUGUAUAAAAAGCUGGAGGAAGAAAGAAAUGCUUUUGCAAUUGCUGCAAGUCAAGCUUUAUCCAUGAUCACUAGACUGCAGGAAGAAAAGGCAACAUUACAUAUGGAAGCCUUGCAGCACUUAAGGAUGAUGGAUGAGCAAUCAGAAUAUGAAAUGGAAGCUUGGCAAAAUGCUAACGACCUUCUUGCUGAAAAGGAGAAAGAGGUAGAAGACUUGGAAGCGAAGGUUGAGUUUUAUAGGAACAAUUUCCCUAAUGAAAUGUUGUUGGAGAACACAAUGGAGAAAAACUCAAAAUGCAGGCAGUUAUCGCCAUUUUUUGGAUACAUUAUGUGCCAAAUAUCCAUAUGUUAA